GGAGAGGAGAGGAGCGAGCGCGAGGCGGCUCAGUGAGCAAACACACAGAAAAAACAUUAGGUUAUCUCCUGAUACUAUCAGAUAUAUUGAAGUGUCACUUUUACCUGCUUGGAGCCGAGCAACCUUCUUCUUUGAGGGGUCCACGGUGGGCAGCGGCAGCGGCGGUGGCGGAGCCCUGGUCCGCUUUCAUCUGCUCGGGCAGCCGCCUGUGAAAAACUCCCGAGCGCGGUUCGUCUCAGCUGGCAUGAGCUAAACCUACGAGUCAGACAUGGAAACCAAACCAUUUUUGUCACUGGGGUUCCUGAAGCCCCAGUGCUCACUGGCUCCUCCCAUGCAGCGAGGUCACUCAGCUGAGGCCUGUUCAUGUUUCAGCGGUGUGUGUCCCCUCCAUCAGCGCCGCCUGUCCUCAGAUUCAUCGGGACAGGUGACCUCCUCUCCCCUGGGCUCACCCACAUCCCAUCGAGGAAUGCACCCAUCUCUGCUCAGCCCAACCUCCAUGGGGCCUUCUGGAUCUCUCCAUUCUCCUAUCAACUCUCUGAGUUCCCCAAUGAAUGGGCUGGCAUCACCUUUCUCGGUUAUCAGCUCACCAAUGGGACCUCACUCUCUAAACUCACCUGGCAUGGGAUACGGUCCCAGCAUCAGUCCCCAGCUGAAUUCUCCAAUGAACUCUGUCAGCAGCACAGAGGACAUUAAGCCGCCCCUGGGUCUCAAUGGCUUAAUGAAGGUGCCGGCCAAGCCCUCUGGCAUGGCCCUGUCACUUACUAAACACAUCUGUGCCAUCUGCGGUGACCGCUCCUCAGGUAAACACUAUGGAGUGUACAGUUGUGAAGGCUGCAAAGGUUUCUUCAAAAGGACUGUGCGCAAGGACCUAACUUACACCUGCCGCGACAACAAGGACUGCAUGAUAGAUAAGCGCCAGAGGAACCGUUGUCAAUACUGCCGCUACCAGAAGUGUUUAGCCAUGGGCAUGAAAAGAGAAGUUUUGUUACAUGCAGCCGUUCAAGAGGAGCGUCAGCGGGCCAAGGACAAAAAUGAGAAUGAGGUGGAGUCCACGAGCUGCGCAAACGAGGACAUGCCUGUGGAGAAGAUCCUGGAAGCCGAGCAGGCGGUGGAACCAAAAAACGAGACUUACAUUGAGACCAACCUUAGUGUGCCAUCCAACUCGCCCAACGACCCAGUGACAAAUAUCUGUCAAGCAGCUGACAAACAGCUAUUUACCCUGGUGGAGUGGGCCAAAAGGAUUCCCCACUUCUCUGAGCUGCCGCUGGAUGACCAGGUCAUUCUGCUACGAGCAGGCUGGAAUGAACUCCUCAUUGCAUCAUUUUCGCACCGUUCGAUAGCAGUAAAAGAUGGGAUUCUGUUGGCGACAGGGCUGCAUGUCCACCGAAACAGCGCCCACAGUGCCGGAGUUGGAGCCAUCUUUGACAGAGUGCUGACAGAACUGGUGUCAAAAAUGAGGGACAUGCAGAUGGAUAAAACAGAGCUGGGGUGCCUUCGAGCCAUUGUCCUCUUCAAUCCAGACUCUAAAGGCCUGUCGAACCCCGGUGAAGUAGAAGCCCUGAGGGAGAAGGUGUACGCGUCUUUAGAGGCCUACUGCAAGCAGAAGUACCCUGAGCAGCCGGGCAGGUUCGCCAAGCUGUUGCUGCGAUUACCAGCGCUGCGGUCCAUCGGGCUCAAGUGUCUGGAGCACUUGUUCUUUUUCAAGUUGAUCGGUGACACGCCCAUUGACACGUUCCUGAUGGAGAUGCUGGAAGCUCCGCAUCAAAUGACAUAAUAACAGUGAGCCCCGCCCCCUGCCCCCCUACCCCCCCCCCUUCCCUCAAACCCUCCACACACAUCGUCCUGCAGCCCAGAGCCGUUUAAUCAAGACCGUCUCCAGCGAGGGACGAUUCACGUGAAGACUUUGAAUGGCGAGCCUCUUCCUUUCCUUCCCCUGUCCUUCUGUCCGUCCCAUCCAUCCUCCAACACCCUGUGAUGGGUUUCAGAACAUGGAAUCCAUCAUGCUUAUGGGUCUGUUUUAUACCUUGUAAAAAUAUAUAAAUAAGAAAUAUAUAAAUGAAAGAUCACACAGCAGCAACGCGAAUGACAGUCGUGGACUGAAAUGAGGAGGGACAGAGGACAAAAGAAACGUAUUGAGCCAUUUUAUUCAUCUUUGCUUUCCCUACAAACUAACAAGAAGAAGCAGAGGUGAUCAGGUUUUAACACUCACUGCAAAGCUUGCAGGUAAAUUCGCCAGGACAGCGAUGAUUAUGUCACAUUUGGACACUCAGCGUUGUGACAAACGUAGACUCUUUGGAAAACCUUGGGGCCAUCCAGACUCGGAUCUGAGCUCUUUCCGACCGUCAGGAUUGGAGGAUCAAAAAUGGGAGGAAAAAAAUUAAAAUUAAGUCUGCUCAGAGGAACUUGUCUGUUCUGUCUGACUGGACUGAACGCGGUCUGGACAUGGUCUUGCACUAGCUGUUUUUGAUGAACGAGUUUGCCGGAUUAACUCCAAAGUUGUUUAACACGAUUGCAAGUACUCACAAAAGCUCAGGUCUCUGCCCAUUUCCAACAAAACCUGACCAUGUCUUACUGUACUAGCACUGUGCAACAUCAGCAAGGAUGUCUUAGUAGCCCCCUAAUCGGCCCUCAAGUACUGAUAAAGUUUGAGUUUUCAGAGCUAUGAUAUGUGGAAUCUACACAGCUCUCGGUGCCCACAGGCUGUUUGAAAUCAACCACCCGUUGACUUUAUGCUACAUAAGCAUCUCUGGAUGCUCUGAAAAAACCCUCCAGCAGGCACAGGAGCAACUUUUCUCAACCUUUUUCAAGCAUUUCUGCACAGCCUCACAGACGAUUCCCAACACACUCGGAUGGCUGGAAUGUGAGCACACUGCCUUUCCCGUGAGGAAAUGACACUGUCGUACCAGCCUUCACUGUCACCUCUUCUCACUUCAUUUGACUUUCCGCACACCAGACACACCUCCAACACCCAGAAAUCCCUGCACUCAUCUCAGAAGGAAUCAGCUUUUUUUCGAAAACACUUAAUGUCUACCUGUACUGAAAGCUACAGUCAUGCACAGUAUGGACAUUAUUUUCAGUUUCACUGUAACAGCAGCAAUUACCUCUAUCUCCAUCGCUCAGACCUUUAUCAUCCUUACACAGUAUGCAGGAGAAGUAUUUGUUUGUUGCAGCAGAGCCAUUAUUUGUUUAUAUUUUUGUUACUUGGCACUUAACCUCAUGAUAGUGGAGUGAGAUUUUGAAGCAGAGAACAGAUGUUGAUGUAAUCGACCUCUGAGGUGGGAUCUGGCCCUGGUCCAGCGGGGAACGCCUCCAUCCUUUUCCUCCUCAGAAGGACACACACAUUACGCACACAUUCACUGUGCACUUCUCCAGACAAACAAGUGUCAUUUAAGUUGUACUGAAAUGUUAAAUAUCUCCUAAAUAUCUCUGUUAUGUAUAUAUGUGUGCUUUAUGCCCCUAUUUGUUUGUUUUUUUUCAUCUUUCUUUUCUUUUUUCUAAAUGCUGCAGCUGCUGCAAAUCUAUGCAUCAAGUGCAUUUCCAAAGAUUGUCCACAGAACGACUUGAACAGGCUAAAAAUGUCCACAGUAGGUGUUUGUGAGGUGGUGUCCACAUUAUUAAGAUAUUUGACUCUGUUUCCUCUCUGGUUCAUUCACUCUAAAGUAGGGGAUACAAAAAAACUUAGCCUGGCGAGCCAUCCUAAUUAUUAUCCUCUUUUAUACGGAAAAAACUAGUCUGAUUCCUGGAGGAAGUACCGACAGAUACAGAGGAAAGUGGCUCUAGAUGCCACUGGGUAGGCAUUCAGCCAAUCACAGGAAUGAAGCCUGUGACGUGGGCAGAGUGGCUGCUAUCAACACAAGAUGUCCCAACUGGCUUGUAGUGGAUGAAGAGCACUGUUGGAUGACUAUUGUUAGUUUUGCAGUAAAUCUUGUUGACUCAAGAGGUUGUUCACAUGUCUGCAACCAUCUCAGUUGUUUUGAGUAGUGGCUUUUAUACCACGGUCUGUGUGAAUACUGGAUUCUGAUUGGCUGGCAGGUGUAGGUUAUCACUUAUAACCUACACCUAGAAAAACAAGUUUGGUCAAAUUGCCUGAUAACGUUAAUGGCCCGGUUUCCCAGAUCAGUUAAGUAGUUCUUAACAGCGAAAGACUUCUUUCACAGGCUCCUUAAGAUGGUUUGAAAGAAGUCUUUCGCUGUUAAGAACUACUUAACUGAUCUGGGAAACCGGGCCAAUAUCAUUGCGCUGGAUCAACUGCCAGAUGGUAACCAUGGCAACGGAGAUUCAGAGAAGCAGAGCCGGCUACCGCAGGACGGCGACAUGAGUGAUUUUGUAAUUUCUUUUAAUUUAUUUGGUGAAUUUAACAAUUUUGAUGAAUGGGAUGCAGAAGAGGAGAGAAAAGAAAAUAGCCGAGCGGAGCUGAGCGGACUAGAUCUCCUGUUACCAAGGAAAGUGAGUUAUGGCUUGUUAAAAAACUUUUACCAGGUUACAACGGCUGCAAACGAGAGAUUAAAUAGUCCGCUCAGCCGCUCAGCUUGUUAUAAAACUAAUGAUUUCAACUGAAAACACAUAAAGCAUGAAUAACUUAUUUAAUAUUUAUGUUUUUUGGUAAGUGACCGUGGUAUAAGCGGGAUAAUGCCCUUCGAGGUGACAUUAUCAUAAAUAUAUGGACUUUGCAGAGGCAAAGCGUUCACGCCCCCGCGUCGUCCAUAUAUUUCUGAUAAUGUACACCUCGUCAGGCAUUAUCGCUUACAUAGACGCUCCCGUACAAGCAAUCACACAAAGCCUAUCCUGGCUUGGUACAUUCUGUACCAGUUGGGAAUGGUAUGGGUACAACAGAGAAAGGGCAUGGCUGGCCAGGCUAAAAAAAAAAAAUAAAAACUUGUUCCCUCAGUCAGGGCUCAAGACUAGGUGAAAUAAUCGAUCAGGCAGUGAGAUGUGAGGAAAAAGGAGUAAAAAACAUAUUGAAUUCCCCCACCAUAAACCUUCACCACACUUUCAUAAGCAACUUGACACUCUCCGGACCUGAAAACAAAGAUGAAACAAACCUGAGCACUGUGUUUUCCUCACCCUUUUUAUAGACUCAAAACUUUAAGGCGGUGUGAGCGACUUCGUGGAGUCUUGAAUGUGCUGCUUCAACAAUCAUUUCACAUUACUUGUGACUAAUAUAUGUAAAUAAUUAUUUUCUUUGUAAACUUUACAUUUAUAACGAUGUAUUUUAAAGUCAAAUGAAAAGUGUCCCUGGUUUUUUUCCCAGCCAUUUGGACCUUGACUGCUUUUCUCGGCCAACACAUACUCCCUGAACUUUACUGCUGCUCAAAUCUAAUGAAGGCAAUAAAGUCUGAAAAAUUUAUACCAUGAGCAGCCAGCUGUCAGCUAAAAAAAAAACACCUCAGAACUUAUUUUAUUAUAACUACUGUUCCAGUUUGCACCACAAAAAGUAAUAAAAUUAAAAAAGUGAAAAAUUCACUAUAUUCAUUCUAGUGGCUCCAUCAAGACUCCACAGAGCACCGGCUCUCUCUUCAACCCCAGUGACACAAUGACCAUAUUAAAUCAGAUUUUCAGCAGUGUUUGGGGGCUUGGCUGAGAUUGACAAUGUGUUCCACCUGUGUGAACCCGAUUUCGUUCAGAAACCAGCUCUGAUGUGUGGGACACAUGGUGGGACACACGCACGACUCCGCUGUUUACCUCGGGUGAGAGCAACAGUUGGAAAUGAGAAAGUGAGAGACGCGAGUGCAGCGCCUCCUGGUGGAGGAAAAGCUGCACUGCAACACUACUUGAAUUUUAUUGAAUCAGUUAAAAAAAAAAAAAAAAAAAGGAUAGCACUUUGUAACUGCGUUGUAAUCAUCACCGUCCCUUUGGGGAAAAAAGUGUGUCUGCUUUUAAAAAAAACCUAGAAACCUAGAAAAGUAGCAAUAAUUUCAAUAUGAUCUAUUGGCAUGAUGUUUAAUUUGAACAUUUUCAGUGAGUUGACUUGUAUUCUUACAAAUUAUCCAGGAAACAGUAUUAACUGCCAGCUUGAGCUAAGUUUACAGUAUUUAUAUUUUGGGCAAAAGGAAAAAAAAAAAAAAACGUGUCCUGGUCUGUUAAAACAGAAUAGUUGAUACAUUUUGAAGAUACUUUUUUCUGAUUUUUCUGUGAGAGCUGGACAUAACUUCUUUUUUUUAAGAGGCAGAUUUUUUCCAAGUAAAGCGGAUGUUAAACAAUCAAAGUUGAAAUGAACCUCCCGUUCUCUUAUUCUGAUGUCUCCUCUUACAUUGACUGUGAUUAGUGACUGCAGGUGUCUAAAGCCAUAAAAUGUGGAUGAUGCGUGAGCUCACUCUUCCGCCUGCAGUAAUCAGACAAGGAUCCUAUUGAUGAUCUAAAAAAAAAAAAGGUCACCUGCAUAGAAUAAUUGCCUACAUAAAGCUAUAUUUUGUUAAUAUGUAUAUGUGUAUAUAUUUAUAAACAUAUAUCAGCAGAUCUGUUUGAGUAUUUCAAAAAUUGAAAGAGGUAGAAGUCUUACAGACCAAACUGAGUGGGUUUUUUUCAUAAAGAUCUGGGGGGGAGAGUUCGGAUGGUGCUUGUGUUGUGAUCUUUUCAAAAAUGAAUCCUGAUCUACCAGCAGAACUGCAGCAGCUCUGAGCUCAAAAACAACCAGCUUUUCAGCCGUUUGUGUGACCUCAAAAAUAAAUACAUAAAAUGGGAAAAAAAAAAAAACUAAAUGGUUAAGACUUUAAAACCUGCAGAAAUGUAUGUGUUGCUUAGCAAUUGUAUGUUUAAAAAGUGUAAUCAGGAAAAGCCGAGCUUGUGACACAAUUACUGCUUUCUUUGUUGCAUAGACAGUAAAAUGUUUUAGUUUAAAAGAAAAAGAGAGAAAAAAAACACUUGGAAAAUAUCUAUUUUUGUACAAAGGUAAUUUUAUCCUCGCUUAUGUACUCUGUCCUUUCCCUUCUCUUCUGUGGGCUGUUAUAUUCGUCGUGGAAAAACAUACUCAAUUUCAGACUGAAAAUGUAAUGUGGGAGGACUAGUCCACCUUGGCACUUUGGUAACUGUGUCGCUUUUACUUUGCCAUUUUCAACCAGUCACUGCAAGAUGGGAACAUCUCUGUUCGUUUUAUUUUUUGGCUAUUUUUAAAGAGAUGGGAUUUGGUCAUCUGUACUUUGUUGGUUGUUCUAAUGUUCUUUCGUGAACAGAAAAAAGAUUAUUAAAAAAAAAAACUUGAAAGUGAUGGCUGCCAGUUGAUUCUGUGAUGCAGCGGAUGCACGGAAAGAAGCAGAAACACAAGAGGAGUCUAUGUGAAACAUACAAAAACUGUUUUUUUUAUUAAGUUGCAGGUUGUUGCUGUUUAAUGCAAACAUGUUCCACAACAUCCAGGUGAUCCACAGAAAAACAGGUGCUGCUGGCUUCAGGUGCACGACUACAUGCUAAUCAAGCAGAGCAGGAAAAAAAAACACAUCAGUGGAAUAUGUACAAAUACUAGAACACAAUAACUGCAUUUGGUCGCUGUUGUACAAAGUAUUAUACAAACAAGGAAGCUUUAAUACAUGAUCGUUUUUUUCUGCCAUUUGGAUUAAAAAAAAAAACGAAAAAAAAUCCAGGGGCCAUUUUUUUUGUAACUCAACUGUGACAUGCAUAUUUUGAUUUUUUUUUACUUCGCUUGAAUCCUUCCCAUGCUUACACUUGAGUCUUUUCCUUCGUCUUUAUCCCUAAAAAAAUCAAAUGAGUUAUGUAAUUUGGUUUUUAACAAAGCCCAUUUUACUAUGGCACAAAGAUGACAUUUGAAGAAAACAAAAAAGCAAUAUUGAUACUACUGAAAUAA